UUGAAAUUUGUCCAGCUUGCCAUGUUUAGAGUAUUUCGUCGUUGUCAUUCGACACUCGGCUUUGUGUUUGACAUUGACGGCGUGCUUCUCAAGGGCCAGAAUGCCAUCCCCGAAGCAACAGAUACGCUCAACACGUUGCAGGCCCAAAAGGUACCCUUUAUCUUACUCACCAAUGGAGGCGGCGUGUUGGAGUCGGCUCGAUGUGAAUUCAUCUCGCAGAAGCUGAAAUUGCACUCGCCCCUGCUAUCGCGGCAAAUUGUGCAGUCGCACACGCCGCUGCGCACUCUCGUUAACAAACACCGCCGGGUCCUGGUCGUGGGUGGUCCAGCCGACUCGGCCCGAGGGGUCGCUCAGGAAUAUGGGUUCCGCGAGGUGCUAAGGCCCAUCGACCUGAUCAGAGCCAAUCCAAAAAUCUGGCCGUUCCACAAAUAUACCAAGCAGGAGAUCGACGAGUGGUCGUUAGAGCCAGAAAUCAGCAAGGUGGAUGUCGACGGACGGAACGAGCCAAUCGACUCCAUUAUGGUCUUUAACGACCCGCGCGACAUGGGCUCCGAUUUCCAGAUCAUCAUGGAUUUGCUGAAUUCAGAGGGCGGAUUGUUGGGGACACGGCGGACAUACUCGUCGUCCACCCCGUCGGUGCCUAUCAUUUUCUCGAACAAUGACCUGCUCUGGGCCACCGAUUUUAAGCUGCCCCGGUUCGGCCAGGGAGCUUUCAAAAUUAUGGUCCAGGCAUUGUACCAGCACACAAAUAACGGCAAGCAGUUGCAACAGCUCACUUUGGGAAAACCGUACAAGGUGACAUACGACUACGCUCACCACGUGCUGAUCGACUACUAUGAGAAUCUCCAGAGCGGGGAUUUCGAAAAGCCUCCGUGCAUGCCGCAGUUGAACGUCGCACCAGCAAAAUCGCCUUUCGACAGGGUAUUCAUGGUUGGCGACAACCCGGAAUCAGACAUCCUGGGAGGCAAUUCGUACAACUGGGACACGAUUCUGGUGAGAACGGGCGUCUACAAAGACGGGGACUUUGAGCAGGACUCAAAACUGGCAAAACCAACUUUCGGCACCUUCGAUAAUGUCCGGGAUGGUGUGUUUGCUGCUCUAGAAAAAUACGCAUGA